AUGGCGGGGGAUUCGGGCGACAAGCUCCACGAGCAGACCGAAAAGUUGAAAAAAGUGGUUGACGACAACAUCGACAAGGAAAAACUCAAGAAAGCUUUUGAUUUGUCACAUUUUGAUCUCAAUGCCGUUCUACGUGGAAUGCAGCUCACUCUAGUUGGGGCCCAUAGAGCGUUACAAAAUCCAGAGCUUUUCUCAAAUGAUCAUUACAAACAGGCUGCGAUGGCAGUUGCCGUCGGUAUUGGAAUUCGAGUUCUGGUGUCGCUACCUUUUUUCUUCCUGAAAAUAUCUCUCUGGGUUUUAUCGCGAUUCCUUAACCCGGAAUCCGUCCAGUGGUAUGAAUCAGUCAUACAUGGUUUCAACUUUAUCGAAGAAUCCGUCCUCCAGGUUCCUUUCUUUCUCAUGACUCUCAUGCGUUACAUGGUUCCUACACUGGAUAAUCUGUUCAUGAAGUCUUUGAGAUGGGUUGAUAUGACAUACGUCAAGAAGCAUGAGCAUGAAAAGCCCGACAAACUACGGGACCUCUACUACCCGAAUCUCAAGACUUACAAAGUGAAAGAUGGGAGCACGCAUUCUGACAGUACAGCUGAGGCUAUUACAAAUUUUGUUCUUCGAUUUGCCAAGAGAGGCCUGAUAUCUCUGGCUGUCUUUCUCCUAUCAUACGUUCCAUACGUUGGCCGCUUUGUUCUCCCCGCUGCCAGUUUUUACACCUUCAACAAAGCUGUCGGCCUCGGUCCUGCUUCUGUCAUAUUCGGAACUGGCAUUUUCCUCCCAAAGCGCUAUCUAGUCGUCUUUCUUCAGUCAUACUUCUCUUCCAGAAGCUUGAUGCGCGAGCUUUUGGAGCCCUACUUUGCACGCAUCCACUUCACCAAGCAGCAGAAAAAGAAGUGGUUCCGCAAUCGCGAGGGAGUUCUCUUCGGUUUCGGCCUGGGUUUCUAUAUCCUAGUCAAAGUCCCCCUUGUCGGUGUGCUUAUUUACGGCAUCGCUGAGGCCUCGACGGCAUACCUGAUCACGAAGAUCACCGAUCCCCCGCCCAACCCUGACAAGAUGGAUGAGUUCACUGAAAGUCAACAAAUUUGGACAAACAAGCAUGAGUUCUUGAGCAUGGAUCUAGCUCAGAUCGAUCACAUACACCGCAAGAAUAGCCAGAGUAGCCCUUCGACCUAG